UCGACGCCUCCCAAAUCCUCGUUUCUUCCCAGAAUGUUAGAAAUCUCCCAAACCCUAAUCAUGGCGGAUUUCAAUUCUCCAUUUCCGAAGCUCACAGAUUAAUCAUUUCGAUUUAAUUUUUCAGCUUCAAAUCUACAGUUCAUCCAAUCUAUUUCCGUCUGGGCAAAAAUUUCUUAUUCUUACAGUAAGUUUCCCCAAUCUUACACCCAAUCGAUCUGUCCGAAAUCUGAAUUUCUACAGAAUGGGAAACAAUUGUAUUACAAGCAGAAUAACUAAGGACGGUUUCUUCAGCACAAUUUCUCAAUCUCUCGGCUGGUCGUCGAAGCCUCCAGAUACGAUUUCUUACAACAAUCGCGAAUCGGAAAGCGUCGAUUCUAAAUCUGUGGAGAUUCAGCCGCCGGAAACGAUGAAGAUCGACGAUCGAGCGUCUGUGAUUCCUGAAACUGUUAAGGAUGUAAGAAAUUCCUCAGAAACUCCUAAUCCAUUACAAUUAGAAUUCGAUGAACAGAGGAAAUCCAUUAAUGUAAAGAGAACUAUGAGUUUAGGUCUUAGGAUUGAUUCUGUGCUUAGAACAAAACAGGGGAGAUUAAACGAUUGUUUCGAAUUGGGUCGAAAACUCGGGACCGGACAGUUCGGGACAACGUUUGUUUGCGUCGAAAGGACAACCGGCCGGCGGUUUGCGUGCAAGUCGAUUGCGAAGAGGAAGUUGUCGACAGCCGAGGACAUCGAGGAUGUAAGAAGGGAGGUUGAGAUAAUGCACCAUUUAUCGGGUUGUCCGAAUGUCGUCGCGAUCCGCGGCGCGUACGAGGAUGCCGUCGCCGUCCAUGUUGUAAUGGAGCUUUGCGGCGGCGGGGAGCUUUUCGAUCGAAUUGUGAAACGGGGGCAUUACUCGGAGAAAAAAGCGGCGGAGCUUGCGAGGACGAUCGUUGGCGUCGUCGAGACUUGCCAUUCGUUGGGAGUUAUGCACCGGGACCUCAAGCCGGAGAAUUUCUUGUUUGUCGGCGACGAGGAGGAUUCUUCGAUUAAGGCCAUCGAUUUUGGAUUGUCCGUGUUUUUUAAGCCCGGUCAAAUGUUCGAGGAUGUCGUCGGGAGCCCGUAUUACGUUGCUCCAGAGGUUCUCCGUAAGCGGUAUGGGCCUGAGGCCGACGUUUGGAGCGCCGGCGUUAUCGUGUACAUUCUCUUAUCAGGGGUGCCCCCGUUUUGGGGCGAGAGCGAGCAAGAAAUAUUCGAAGAAAUACUUCACGGCGACGUUGAUUUCGACUCGGAUCCUUGGCCCGAAAUAUCGGAAAGCGCCAAGGAUUUAGUGAAGAGGAUGCUCGUCCGUGAUCCGAAGAAGCGAUUGACGGCGCAUCAAGUUCUUCGCCAUCCGUGGGUUUGUAUCGACGGAGUCGCUCCCGAUAAGCCUCUUGAUUCUGCGGUUUUGAGUCGACUAAUGCAAUUCUCUGCCAUGGACAAGCUCAAGAAAAUUGCCCUUCGGGUCAUCGCCGAGAGCUUGUCCGAAGAAGAGAUCGCGGGGCUCAAAGAAAUGUUCAAAGCGAUCGACACCGAUAGCAGCGGUCACAUUACGUUCGAAGAGCUAAAGAUUGGCUUAAGACGAUUCGGGGCCAACCUUAACGAAUCCGAGAUACUCGACUUGAUGAGGGCUGUAAGUCUUUCUUCCUCGAUCCUUCUUACAUCCUUAAAAACACGAAACAUUCCAUCGCCUAAACGUUCCGGCGACCAGGCUGACGUGGACAACAGCGGCACGAUCGACUACGGCGAGUUCAUCGCGGCGACAUUGCACUUGAACAAAAUCGAGAAGGAAGACCAUCUUUUCCGAGCCUUUUCGUAUUUCGACAAAGACGGGAGCGGUUACAUCACCCGGGACGAGCUCCAAGCGGCGUGCGUGGAGUUUGGGAUCGAGGACGUCGAAGAAAUGAUCCAGGAAGCUGAUCAGAACAAUGACGGACAGAUUGACUACAAUGAAUUUGCGACGUUGAUGCUUAAAGGGAACGGCGAUUGCGCAAAGACGGCGCCGGCGCCGGCGCCGGCGAGGAGGUUUCCGGGCAAGGUCGACGGUGGAUUGAGGGGAGCAACGAAGGUUUUUUGAAGUAUGAUAUUUGUGGUAAAUUCUUUUGAUUAUUUGGGAUCACUUAAAAGGCAUGCAAGAUUUCAAUUAUUAUUCUUAAAAAAUUAUUAGUCAUA